CAAGAAGGGAAGAAGCGGGGAAGCUUCCCUUCGCCAGGCUCGCCCGGGUCUGCAGGCGCUGCUGGAGGCAGCAGUCUCCAGCUCCCGGCUGCGGUGGUAGCUGCUGAGCUCUCUCUCCAGCGAUGCUUCUUAGUGCCGCGCCACGCUGAGGCCGAACGUGUACGGGGGCUUGCCUCAGCUCCAUACAUCCUUGAUCUCAGCCUGGGAGCUAACAGCCUACUGGAAAACCCUCUGAGUCGCGCUGCCCAGUGGCCACCCAAGCGCUCGCCCGCAGUGGCAACCGCAGCAUCACCGGACCCAUCGCUCUCGGUUCUUUCCUACGGUCUGAGUUCUCUCCAGAUUUCCCCCACGCGUCCUUUGAUUUUUUUUUCCAGAAGAGAGGGCGGGGUAGGUGUCAGUCCCCUCCUCUCUCUCACCCCUCCUAUUCCUUCUCGGUUUGAAUUUCUUCCCCUGGCAUUUCACUGGCUCUCAGAGCAAGAGACCAGACCCACAGAGAGGGGAAAGCCAGGCUGCGCCUCCCUUGCUGCUGCCAGCCCAGAACUGGAACCUAGAGAGGGUGAGGGGAGAGGAAGCAAAGCAGGAGGAGCUUGGCUUCCUCUCGCAUCUGAGGACAGACCGGUUCACUUCAAGAACCUCACAGAGAGGCAGACUGCAUCUCUGCAGCGAGCUUUUGGAGUACCACUGGCCCGGAGGCUAAGGAUGGUGAUUUCUCUGAGAGCAGGCUGCAGGGCAGCGCUCUCGCUCUGGAUUCUCAGCAGCUUCAUCUGCAGAGCCUGGACAGCUCCCUCCUCCUUCCAAAAAUGUGAUGAGCCUCUCGUCUCUGGUCUUCCCCAUGUGUCCUUCAGCAGCUCUUCCUCCCUGUCCAGCAGCUAUGCACCUGGCUAUGCCAAGAUCAAUAAGCGAGGAGGUGCUGGUGGAUGGUCUCCAUCAGACAGUGACCACUAUCAAUGGCUUCAGGUUGACUUUGGCAAUCGGAAGCAGAUUAGUGCCAUUGCAACCCAAGGAAGGUACAGCAGUUCUGACUGGGUGACGCAAUAUCGAAUGCUCUACAGUGAUACAGGGAGAAACUGGAAACCCUAUCAUCAAGAUGGCAAUAUCUGGGCUUUUCCGGGAAACGUCAACUCCGACAGUGUGGUUCGGCACGACCUACAGCACGCAGUAGUUGCCCGCUAUGUACGCAUUGUGCCCCUGGACUGGAAUGGAGAAGGCCACAUAGGGCUGCGUGCAGAAGUCUACGGCUGCUCAUAUUGGGCUGACGUUAUCAACUUUGAUGGCCAUGUGGUGUUACCAUAUCGAUUCAGAAACAAGAAGAUGAAAACACUCAAAGAUGUUAUUGCUUUGAAAUUUAAGACCUCUGAGAGUGAAGGAGUACUUCUGCAUGGUGAAGGACAGCAAGGAGAUUACAUUACUUUGGAACUGAAAAAGGCCAAGCUGGUCUUCAGUUUAAAUCUAGGAAGCAACCAGCUUGGGCCCAUCUAUGGCCACACAUCUGUGACAUCUGGGAGCCUGCUGGAUGAUCACCACUGGCACUCUGUACUCAUUGAGCGCCAGGGACGCAGCAUUAACCUGACCCUGGACAGGAGCAUGCAGCAUUUCCGCACCAAUGGAGAGUUUGACUACCUGGACUUGGACUAUGAGAUAACAUUUGGAGGCAUACCUUUCUCUGGCAAGCCAAGUUCCAGUAAUAGGAAGAACUUUAAGGGCUGCAUGGAAAGCAUCAACUACAAUGGUGUCAAUAUUACCGACCUUGCCCGAAGAAAAAAAUUAGAGCCAUCGAAUGUGGGGAAUCUGAGCUUUGCUUGUGUGGAGCCCUAUACAGUACCGGUCUUCUUCAAUGCUACAAGCUAUCUGGAGGUGCCUGGAAGGCUUAAUCAGGACCUGUUCUCAGUCAGUUUCCAGUUUAGGACCUGGAACCCCAGUGGUCUCUUGCUGUUCAGUCACUUUGCAGAUAACUUAGGCAAUGUGGAAAUUGACCUUGUGGAGAGCAAAGUGGGAGUCCACAUAAACACUACACAGACCAAGACAAGCCAAAUCGACAUCUCCUCAGGCUCUGGGCUGAAUGAUGGGCAGUGGCAUGAGGUUCGCUUCCUGGCCAAGGAAAACUUCGCAGUCCUCACCAUUGAUGGAGAUGAAGCAUCAGCAGUUCGGACCAAUAGUCCUCUUCAAGUGAAGACUGGCGAGAGAUACUACUUUGGAGGAUUUCUGAACCACAUGAACAAUGCCAGUCACUCUGCCCUUCAGCCAUCAUUCCAAGGAUGCAUGCAGCUCAUUCAGGUAGAUGACCAGCUUGUAAAUUUAUAUGAAGUGGCACAGAGGAAGCCAGGAAGCUUUGCAAAUGUCACCAUUGACAUGUGUGCCAUCAUAGACAGAUGUGUGCCCAAUCACUGUGAGCAUGGUGGGAAGUGCUCGCAAACAUGGGACAGCUUCAAAUGCACUUGUGAUGAGACAGGAUACAGCGGGGCCACCUGCCACAACUCCAUCUACGAGCCGUCCUGUGAAGCUUACAAACACCUUGGCCAGACAUCAAAUUACUACUGGAUAGAUCCUGAUGGCAGUGGACCACUGGGGCCUCUGAAGGUUUAUUGCAACAUGACAGAGGACAAGGUGUGGACCAUAGUGUCUCAUGACUUACAGAUGCAGACUACAGUGGUAGGCUACAACCCAGAAAAGUACUCUGUGACACAGCUCAUCUACAGUGCCUCCAUGGACCAGAUCAGUGCCAUCACCAGCAGUGCUGAGUACUGCGAACAGUAUGUCUCCUACUUCUGCAAGAUGUCCAGGUUGUUGAACACCCCAGAUGGAAGUCCUUAUACCUGGUGGGUUGGCAAAGCCAAUGAGAAGCACUACUACUGGGGAGGCUCAGAGCCUGGAAUUCAGAAGUGUGCCUGCGGCAUCGAACGCAACUGCACAGACCCCAAGUACUACUGCAACUGUGAUGCGGACUACAAGCAAUGGAGGAAGGAUGCUGGCUUCUUAUCCUACAAAGAUCACCUGCCAGUGAGCCAGGUGGUGGUUGGAGAUACUGACCGACAAGGCUCAGAAGCCAAGCUGAGCGUGGGUCCCCUGCGCUGCCAAGGAGACAGAAAUUAUUGGAAUGCUGCCUCCUUCCCAAACCCAUCAUCCUACCUGCACUUCUCUACCUUCCAAGGGGAAACAAGCGCUGACAUUUCUUUCUACUUUAAGACAUUAAUCCCUCGGGGAGUAUUUCUGGAAAAUCUGGGGAACACAGACUUCAUCAAGCUGGAGCUCAAGUCUUCCACAGAAGUGUCUUUUUCAUUUGACGUUGGAAAUGGGCCAGUGGAGAUCGUGGUGAGGUCACCUUCCCCUCUCAAUGAUGACCAGUGGCAUCGAGUCACUGCAGAGAGGAAUGUCAAACAGGCCAGUCUCCAGGUGGAUCGCCUGCCCCAGCAGAUCCGAAAGGCUCCGACUGAAGGUCACACCCGCCUGGAACUCUACAGUCAGCUGUUUGUUGGUGGUGCUGGGGGCCAGCAGGGCUUCCUGGGCUGCAUUCGCUCCUUGAGGAUGAAUGGAGUGACACUUGACUUAGAAGAAAGGGCAAAGGUCACAUCUGGGUUCAAAUCUGGAUGCUCCGGCCAUUGUACCAGCUAUGGGGCUAACUGUGAAAAUGGAGGCAAAUGCAUCGAAAAAUAUCAUGGCUACUCCUGUGACUGCUCUAACACAGCCUAUGAUGGGACAUUCUGCAACAAAGAUGUUGGUGCCUUUUUUGAAGAGGGCAUGUGGCUGCGCUAUAACUUCCAGGCCCUGACAGUCACUGCCAGAGACACAGGCAGCAGGGCUGAGAAUUCUGCAGACCAGCAGCAGCACUUGGCUCCAGACCUGGCCCAGGAGCAGAUCCACUUCAGCUUCAGCACUACCAAGGCACCCUGCAUCCUCCUCUAUGUCAGCUCCCUCACCACUGACUUCCUAGCUGUGCUGGUCAAGCCCACAGGAAACUUGCAGAUCCGAUAUAACCUGGGAGGAACCAGAGAGCCAUUCAAUAUUGAUGUAGACCACAGGAACAUGGCCAAUGGACAGCCGCACAGUGUCAACAUCACCCGGCAUGAGAAGACCAUAAUUCUCAAGCUCGACCAUUAUCCUGCUGCGGGUUACCAUCUGCCCAGCUCCUCUGACACGAUCUUCAAUUCUCCCAAGUCGCUCUUCCUUGGGAAAGUUAUAGAAACGGGGAAAAUCGACCAAGAAAUUCACAAAUACAACACUCCUGGCUUCACAGGCUGCCUGUCCAGAGUCCAGUUCAACCACAUCGCCCCUCUCAAGGCAGCCUUGAGACAGACAAACGCCUCGGCCCACGUGCACAUUCAGGGUGAUCUGGUGGAGUCCAACUGCGGGGCCUCCCCACUGACGCUCUCCCCUAUGUCUUCGGCCACUGACCCUUGGCACCUAGACCACUUGGAUUCAGCCAGUGCUGAUUUCCCGUACAACCCAGGACAAGGCCAAGCUAUAAGAAAUGGAGUCAACAGAAACUCAGCUAUCAUUGGAGGGGUCAUCGCCGUGGUGAUUUUCACCAUCCUCUGCACCUUGGUCUUCCUCAUCCGGUACAUGUUCCGUCACAAGGGCACCUACCACACCAACGAGGCCAAGGGAGCUGAGUCAGCUGAGAGCGCAGAUGCUGCCAUCAUGAACAAUGACCCCAACUUCACAGAGACCAUUGACGAGAGCAAAAAGGAGUGGCUUAUUUGAGGGGUGGCUUUUCAGCCAUGGGAUAGGGAGGGAGGAGUUAAGGGAGGAGGGGGAGGGACAAGAGCACCCCACGUCAUACCCCUGAGCACACGCUUACACUAUCAGCACAAGCUGGGGAAGGCAAGCAAUCCAAUACUCUUAAGACUGAUGGCCACACAAAAUAUACUUUUUAAUAUUUCUUUAUAGCUGAGUUCCCCCUUCCAUAUCAAAACAAAAUAAUACAAAAAUGCUUUUAGAGUUUAAGCAACAGUUGAACUUUGUAGGUACUAUCUGUCUUUUUUUGUGUGUGUUUAGAGGUGUUCUAAAAACCCGUGGUAACAGGGCAAGUUUUCUACAUUUUUAAGAGCCCUUAGAAUGUGGAUAUUUUUUUUCUCAAGAAAAAUUGAUAUACAUCCAUGCAGCCUCUGACAUUCUCUUUCUUUUGCAUCUAGUCGACUUUUAAUGGGCUGUUGUAGCAACUAGUUUGUGUCCAAGUAAUAUUUCUUUUGGUGUCCCAUAAAAUGGAAAUAAGAAAAGUGAUAAACAGUCUAUUUGCCCAGUCUUCUUCAGUGACACCUCAGCCUAGGCCAGUUUUCUGAAGGUUCCUGUCUGGCCUCAGCCAGGGGAAGGAGAGUGAGUGGCCUGUCCGCAGCAAUGUAACCAGCACAAGUGGAGACAAGCACCCAAGAAUCCAGCAAAGAAAUGCAUAUCGGGCUUAUUGCUUUUGUUUUCAUUGACUUCUACAUGCCGAUGUCCUAUGUAUGUAGCCUUAGACCUGUUUAGUAUCUGUAACUAUCAGCUAGAAGACUGUGGUGACCAACUGCUCUAGGACUUCUCCUCUGUUUUAACUACAUUAUUGGAUUUUAUGUGUAUAUGCGCCUCCAUGGGGAAUUAGAGCCAGAGGGAAUGUCUCCUUUGCUCUGUUUCUUUUAUAUUUAUAACAGAAAUAUGGACACUUUCUAGUGAAUGCAUAAGUUAGUGCGCUUUUCUUCUUUUGCUUUAAACUUCACGUUUUUACACUGCUGUGAUGAGGUCCUAGCAGACAGCAUCCUCCGGAUGGCACAGUCCAAUAAAGCCAACUUGCAGCCGCCAUUACUCUGGAAUCAUGUGGGAGACACUGCCAUAUUUUAAACCAACUCGAUCACAAGGACACUGUCAUGAUACACAGACCUGUGACAAAUACAUUGAAUCUGAAGUCACCACCAUCCGGUCAUCAAGAGAACACGAUUGUCUAAUAAAUAACACAUCUUAGGGUAAUCAGGAAUCUUGGGCAAUUUGCUACAAAAAAAUAAUAACUUCUUGAUUUUCUGUAAAAAUAAUAGGCUUUGUGUGAGUAAAUGGGAGCAAUUCUUCCUAUUGGAGCACCCAAAAGGAAUUUAAUCAAUUUAUUUUUUUAAUUGCACAAAAGUUCUCCCUCGAAUGGUUGCCAUUUAUAAUUGUAUACGUCAGGCCUCUUAUACUUAAAAACCUCUUUUUAAAAAUUUUGUAGGCUCCACCAUUUUGAGGAAUUAAAUGUGAAGAUUCUUUCUCCUCUUAGAACAGUGAGGUUAACGCAGUAUUGAUGCUCUUUUUCUCGUGGUCUGUCUUAAUAAGCUGCUUACCCUAGUUAGUUGGGAUUUUACCCAGAUACUCUCAAGGUUCUCCAAAUGCUUAAUGUAUUGGAGGAUCUCAACUUCUUGAAUAAUAGAAAACUUUAUCCCAAGCCUCUCUUUGCACCAGUUUACAACGGGCUCCAAAAGGAGGCAAGUGUCCCCCCUUGCAUCAAGGAAACCGAAUAAAAGGGAACCCUGAGAGUGUUUUUAAUUGCAGGCAGACCUCAGACAGUCCCAUAAAUACCCCGAAUUGUCAAGCCUUGUUCAUUCUUUCAUAAAACAUAUUAAAUGGAAAGGUAUUUAACAGAACAAACUGUGAGAACAGCUGUAACGUUUACUUAUGAGAGCACAUUUGAGACCAAAUGUCAUUUUAUUUCAUCAAGAUACCUGACCAUAGUGUAUUCUUGUCCAUAAUUUCAAAUUGAAAAAGCAAAGGUUUACCAUUAUGGCUUGAAAUUGUUUCUGGUUUAAAAAAAAAAAACAACAACUUAUUUUGCAGGCAUUACUUUGGCACUUAACAAAUACUGUCAGAUGGAAAUGCGUGCCUUCUGGCAUUUCCUGAGAUAGCUGUGUUCCUCUGCUUCAUCUCAGCACUUCUCUCCCCCAAUGAUGAGCAAGAAAAACCACCAAGGACAGCCCCAGUGUUAAAAUGUCCUCACCCUGUCCUUCUCCUCACUCGUUCCUUCUCUUGCUUCUGCCACAAAAGACAAAGACCGAAGGCCAGUCCGUCUCUCACAAUUAGCAAAGCCAGGGUCCUGAAUGAUGUCAUCAGUUAAGACACGCAAGAGAUCCGCUGACACAGUCUCUCCUAAGCAGUUACAAGAUGGCUGACAGACAGGACACAGAAAGGCGGGUACAGUAGUAAGUAGCUACAUUAAUUGCUCUCCUUGGAAUGACACCCUUAACCAAACUAAUCACAUCUGUGUAUAACAGACAUGACCAGUCUGUUCUGAAUGGGAAAUACUUGCUCAUUUGAAGAAGAAGGAAUUCUCUGUUGCAGUUCUUCCGUUGACAGUUUGGCAUGACGCUGCUUCAAGAGUCAUGACAUAACGCAGACUUGCCUGAUCCUAUCUGUUGUUGUUCUCCACUGCCAUCUCAACAUCUUAUAUCCAGUAUAUCAUCCACAAAGCACAAACUAAUGGAAAGCCCUGUAAGCAAUAACAAUAUAUAAACCAAACAAACCCCAAGAUACUGUACCAAAGGAAUAAGACACACUGGUGCAUGCCUGUAAUCCCAGCAUUUGAGAGACUGCGGCAGGAGGGUAAUGAGUUCAAGGUCAGCCUGGGCUACUUAGCAAAUUCCAGUCAGCCUUGAGCUGUCUAGUGAGACAAGUCUCAAAAAAGUUCUAAAUAAAUAAAUGAAGCUUCAGAGAACACUGAUGACUGACUGAGGCUUAUGUGUGCAGGAAACUUGCUCUGCAUCUAAAACAAAUAUCUGUGUUUUUCAAGAAGCUAAAAAUGAAAGACUCCAAAUGAAUGCAAAAUUAGUGGUACUCUAUAUUCUCAAAAUAGCAUAUUCUCUGGAUCUCACAGAAGCUAAUUCAGGACAUCAAAAUUAUUUCAAGGCUGAAUUUUCCCUGGGCCUUCUUAAUAUGUAAGAGUGUAUUUCCUCACUGCUGUCUACCAACCAUUCAAAAAUGGGGAGGUUUAUGAUUUUUUUUCAUUGAAGAUCUGGAAACAAGAGUUUAAAGGACUUUUGUUAGAAAUCUCCCUAUGCUCUGAAUCAGAUGAGAAAGCACCCCUCCCCAAAGGAGCAGGAGUUCAAAGGCAACAGAGGCAGAACCAGCAUGAGCAGUGAAUAGACUGAGUGGUUGAACAGCUUAGGAGAACCCCAGGUGCACCCUGUGAGCCAGGCACAGACAAAGGCCGUGUCCAGCAGAGCAUACUGCAGAGAGAGGCCAACAGGUACCGGCUGCAACUGUACCCCAGUUAAGGUAGUGUCGGAAGACACACUAACCUCUACAGUAAGAUCUGUUCCCUUUUUAUCUCUCCAUUUAUUCUUUUCUCUCAUCUCCUUGCUGCACCCUCCUCUUCAGGGGAAAAUGUUAAUAGUCCUCUUACAUUUCAUGCUUAUAAACAAUGUCUGCUUUGAACUCUUUUUCUGUGAUUUCAAGCACUUUAAAAAAGGGGGGAAAGAAUCAUUUAACCUUGUUGAGUUUGAUUUAUUCAACCAACAAUAGUUUCUGAAGUGCUCUUCCUGGUGAGCCACCUGAUCCUGAUAUAAAUGAGGAAAAGCAACCAGGCAUCCCACUCGUUUUUGGCCAAAAACAAAGGGCAUCUUUUUUAGAUGGUGUUUUAGUGAGUGUGACCCCUGAGAAUUAGCUGAUAGAUCUCAACAUGUAUAUAGGCAUGGAGACUCACAUCUAUAAUCCCAGCAUUUAUAGCUAAGAAAUCAGGAAUUUAAGGCCAGCCUCAGCUACAGAUGAGUUCAAAGCCAGCCUGGGCAAUAAUAAGACUCCAUCUCAAAAGAACAAGCAAAAAGGAAUCUCAGGCCAUCAAGAUGUCUCUGCAGGUAAAAGCACUUGCCAUGUAAACUUGACCAUGUAAACCCAAUCCAUGGAUCCUACCUAUAGUGGAAGGAAAAAACUGACUCCCAAGAGUUGUCCUCUGAUCCUCUACACACACACACACACACACACACACACACACACACACACACACACCAUAAAUAAAAAUUAGAAUGAAUCCCCACCCUUUCUCCAUCCUAGACUUGCUAUAUGUGACCCUGGCCAUGCCCUGGAACUUCUGCCUGUCCUUCUCGAGCUGCUUUACCUACUGAAAAGACAAUUGCGAGCACAGUGGAUUCAUGAUUGUGGAACACUUUGAAACCCAAAUAUAAAUUUCAAAACCAACUGACUUGGCUUGAGGCUGUAAGCUGCAUUUUAAAAGUACUAUGUAAACAAUAUAGCCAUGCACAUGGAGAGUUAUAGGGCAUUGCUGAACUACUGCUGAAUUAUGAAUCAGAGAGACCUCCAGGGAGCUAGGCUGUCAACACAGGGAAGCAGAACCCAGAGGAAAACUAGAGAAACUGGAAAUUUAAUUGUAAAUCUCUGAAUCCUCACCUGGGCAUGACUUGUGGCUCACAAUAUACACACAGUUUCAGAUAGAUAGUAAAUAUAAUUAGACUGGAUUAUAAAUUAGACACACACACACACACACACACACACACACACACACACACACACACACCAUAAAAGGUAUUUUCUAGCCUGGAGACCCUGUGCCUCAAUAUUACAGUCACUCUCCAUGAUAAAUGUCAGGAAUUUUCAAAGAAUUUUUUUUCACCACAGCGUUUUUAUUUUCUCUCUCUCAUGUAGAAUAGUCUACAAAACCUCUGUCAAUAAAACAGAGAAGCGACAUCCAAAAGCCGAGUAAAGACUGGAAGAAGGUAAUAAAGAUAGAAGUGUGCACAGGUGUGUUCACACCUAACACCCGCUCACACAUUUCUGUUCCAGAUGAAAAUGUGCUGUGGGAACACAUCUGCUAAGAGUUUGCCCCAUUUCCCAGGCUCGGAUGACUUCUAGUACACAAGUGCUGGCUUCUGAGAUGGCUGUGAAGGUGUGGAAGUUCCUCUCGAGGAGGCCAAGAAACUGUUCUUGAUGUUGCCAAUUCUCAGUUUUGCUUUGCCAGGUUCUUUUUGGUUUUUAAGCCCAUGGUGACUGUGGAGGUUAGCGCUGAGGAAAGCUGGGCUAAGUAUUCUUCCUGUGAGUCAGUUAGGACUCCAUCCCUGUGAAACAACGCGAAACUUCACUCUCUAAAAGCAACAGCAUGUAAACUAGAAUGAAAGAAGGAAAUUAUGUAUGUAUGACUAUUAUUCUUUUGUGAAUGUCCUUCAUUUACCUCCUAAAGUUAUAUUAGAAACAGAUUGAUAAAUAAAAGAUUCAAAAUAGUUUUAAUUAUCCUAAAA